AUGGCUCCUAUUGCGCUGAAGAAGCUGACUGCGUUACAGACGGCUCGAGAAGCCGAAAUUGAGAGCAUUCGUACACGCCUGCUUGCUAAGCAGCGUGACUCGCUUAAUAAAAGCAUGGUCCAGGCGCGACUUGAUGCUGUUAAGCAGAUUUGGGUGGAGACUAGGAAGACGCAUUCUGAAAUUGUCGUUAGGGACGAUGCAGAGACAGAUGCGUAUAUUGCAGAUCAAUGGUUCGAUCGCAUUCAGGGUGUUUACGAAUCGGCUCUUGACGAGAUCCUAACACUGCUUGCUUUAUUCGACAAGCCUGAUGCUGAUGAUAGCGCUAGUAUGGGGGAGUCGGACUCAGAUCCUGAGGUUGUCAAGCUUCCGAAAAUUAGUUUACCUACGUUCUCAGGUAAAGACGAGGACUGGGCUAGUUUUAGCGAUCUUUUCACUUCUCUCGUGCAUAGUCAUUCUGGCAUUUCUGACGUCACGAAAUUGCAGUAUCUCAAGUUAUGCUUGACUGGUGUGGCUGCAGAGCUGAUCAAGGACGUGAUGACAACCAAUGCGAAUUAUGCGAGCACUUGGCAGACGCUUAAGGAUCGUUAUAGUAAUCCUAGGUUGAUGAUCAAUAAACUCUUGACUUCGUUUUUAGAAAUUCCGCAGAUGAAGAAGGAAUCGGCUGCUGAAAUGCGUACGUUCGCUGAUGAGGCCAAGCGGAUCGUUCGAGCUUUGACAAAUUUGAAACUUCCAGUUGAUCAUUGGGAUAUUUGGUUUGUUUUCUUGUUGUCCGAUCGCCUGGAUCCGGAGUCUCGGAAGCUGUGGGAGGCUGAGCUGAGUGAGAAGGACCAGGAGUACGUGCCGGAGGCGGACGAGCCGGAGCGUGAUAUCAACAGCGCUCUUCCUAAGUUUUCAGAUUUGCUUAAAUUCCUUGAAAGAAGAGCUCAAGCUCUUAAGAUGUACCCUUCGGAGCGCAAGGCGGAGAAAAGACCAGCUUCUACGCCAACAUCAGGACCUCAGCCUCGGAAGGUUUUCCACGCUAGAUCCUCUCGUUUGUCUGGAAAUUCUAAUUGCGCCCUUUGUAACGGCACGCAUCCUCUCUCGAAAUGCUUCAAGCUGAAAGACAAGAAUCCACACGAGCGGUUGGCAACGGUCAAGCAGUUGCAGCGUUGCUUUAAUUGCCUCGGAUCUCACAGAGCCAACGCUUGUAAUUCUUCGGGACGUUGUUCUACUUGUCAGGGUAAACAUCACACCCUCUUGCAUCUUAAAUUCCAGGGAAACUCGCAAGCUGGGCACCAGAACACCGAUAAUUCUCAGGCGGGCGGCUCUGGCUCGAAAUCUGUCGUGAGUUUGCAUGCAGCGGGCGUCACGUUUCCGAAGCGGAGAAUCGUUCUGGCUACAGCAAAUGUGCAGAUUAUAGGUCCAAGAGGAGACCGCACCCUUGUACGAGCACUCUUGGAUCAAGGGUCGGAGGCUUCGUUCGUUUCGGAGUCGAUUGUCCAGCUGUUAGGGCUCCGAAAGGAGCAUACUUGCGUACCAUUGACAGCGCUUGGCGCUAGUGCAGCGGGCACUGCGCGCUCGAGAACUCAGCUCGUUCUAAAAUCCAGGGUCGACACAAGCUUCCAGAUUACGACAGAGGCGCUCAUUCUUCCUCGUCUAACGUCACAGCUCCCAGUCGACAGCAUUGAUGAUCUCGAUCUCAUGCAGUUUGCAGGGCUCACUCUCACAGAUCCGGAGUUUUUCCUAUCGAAUAAGGUCGAUGUGAUUCUCGGUGCUGACGUCUACGGGCAGUUGCUCCGAUCGGGAUUGAGACGCUUUCCUUCAUCGCAGCUUGUCGCUCAGGAUACGGCCUUUGGUUGGAUAAUGUCCGGAGUUUUACCGGCGAAGGAUUCACGGCGGGCGGAGUCGCAUACUACCACACCGUUGCAGGUAUUGCAUUGCGCUUCAAUGCAAGAGCUGGACCAAAUGCUGCAGAGGUUCUGGGCUUUCGACGAGCUUCCUUCGUCGUUUUCUAAGUUGAAACCGGAGGACGAAGCCUGCGAGAAACUAUUCAAGGAGACUCACACCAGGGAUUCGCAGGGGCGGUACGAGGUUCGUCUCCCGUUGAAAUCUCAAUUACCUUCGGUUGCAGGUGAGACAAGGCAAAUGGCUCUUGGAUCACUCCAGUCGUUGCAUCGUCGCUUUGCUCGAGAUCCCAAGGUCGCUCAUGCGUAUCGAGAAUUUCUGAAGGAGUACGAGGACCUAGGGCACAUGGUUCGAGUUCCAGAGUCGGAGAUUCGGCGUGAAGGUGCGUUGUACUUGCCGCAUCACCCAGUAGUGCUGUAUUUAUUGUUGAAAAUGAAGAUUAGGGUCGUUUUUGACGCCUCUCGACGCACUCGGGAUGCUGAUAUAGUUAAGAUGUUUAGGCAGAUCAAAGUGCAGCGCGAGGAUCAAGACUUUCAGAGGAUCGUUUGGGCUCCUACGGCUGAUUCACCUCCUGUCGAUUAUCGCUUAACGACAGUCACUUAUGGGACGGCUUGUGCUCCGUUUUUAGCUAUUCGCACGCUGCAACAAUUAGUAGAAGACGAGGGCGCUCGAUUUCCUCUCGGUGCUGAAUGCCUCAAAUCCGAGACAUAUGUGGAUGAUACUUUCGCUGGAUCGGACGAGCUUUCGACUGCGGUGCAGAAAAGGGUCGAGCUUACUAAGCUCUUAGGCUCGGCAGGUAUUUAUCUUGACAAAUGGGCUGCUAACCAUCCAGAGCUGCUUCCUCCACAGACAGGACAGGGCCCGGCAAAGGAGAUCGAUAUGGAUGAAUCAGUCAAAACACUCGGCGUUCACUGGAAUCCUGCUCAGGACAAAUUUGGUUUCUCCGUUUCAGAUAUCACCGAGCUGUCGAAGGCUUCGACUAAGCGCUCCAUUCUCUCCAAUAUAGCUCGUUUGUUUGAUCCACUCGGGUGGCUUUCGCCAGUUACAGUAACUGCGAAAGUCUUGAUGCAAGACUUGUGGAUCCAGAAGUGCGACUGGGACACGCCUUUGCCAGAGGAUUUUCGUGAGCGAUGUCAGAUUGUACUCACAUGGCUUCGAAAGCAUCCUUGUCAUUGGAAGACCUUCGUUGCAAAUAGGGUGUUGUACAUUCAAACCGAGUUGCCGUCUGCAACAUGGGCGCACGUACCUACUAAGGAGAAUCCAGCGGAUUUGGCAACUCGAGGUUCUGGACCAACGGAGCUAGCAGGGACUACUCUGUGGUGGCAGGGACCUAGCUGGCUUUCACAAGCUCCGAACGAGUGGCCACAGCCAGCAGAGACUCGGCGAGCGCUCCAUACGAAGAAGGUGCCGUCGGAACCGGAGCUGUUGACCAGAUUUUCUUCGUUGUCCCGCUUAAUUCGGGUCGUUGCGUUUGCUAGACGUCCUAUUCUUAAUCAUCGUAGGCAAAAAGAGGCUCAAGAACCGCUUCCUGAAUUUCUCACGCUGUCAGAAUUGGCAGAAGCUCGCAGCAUUGUUAUUCGUUUAUCGCAGGCGAGCAGUUUUGCAGUCGAGAUCGAAGCGUUGAAGGCUGGAGGGAGAUUGCCGAAAGGCAAUCGGCUCAGUAAAUUAAAUCCUUUUAUUGGCAAGGACAAUAUUUUGAGAGUAGGAGGUCGACUGUCUCACUCCAGCCUGUCCUUCGAUCGCAAGCAUCCACCGAUUUUGUCGCAGGAUUCAGCUCUCAGUCGCUUGUUCGUGUAUUCUGCUCAUCGACUUUGCUUGCAUGGUGGACCUACUUUGACUUCUAGCGUUCUGAUGCAGCAAGUCUGGAUUGUGGGCAGGAAGCAGUUAGUCAAGUCCAUGAUUCACAAGUGUUUAGACUACGCUGGUCCCAUUCAGGUUCGCACAACUAAGGGUCGUGGACACAAGGCGUAUAAGGGGUACAUCGUUGUCUUUGUUUGCUUUUCCACCCGAGCGAUUCAUUUGGAGCUGGUGAGCGAUCUGACGACAGCCACUUUUAUCAGUGCAUAUCGUCGAUUCGUUGGUAGGCGAGGGGUGUGCCAGAAGCUCUACAGCGAUAACGCCACCAACUUCCAUGGAGCAGACAACGAGCUGAAGGCGAUGUUCCAGCGGGCGUCGGAUUUUUAUCAAAAGGUUGCCUCGGUUCUAGCAAAUGACGGAACGGAGUGGGUGUUCAUUCCUCCUAGCGCUCCACAUUACGGAGGUUUGUGGGAAGCUGGUGUGAAGUCCGUAAAGCACCACUUGAAGCGGGUCGUAGGGGAGCACACUCUCACGUUCGAGGAGCUUUCGACAGUUCUCGUUAAGAUAGAAGCGUGCCUUAACUCUCGUCCAUUAGGGGCUUUGACUUCGGACAUCGAUGACCUCCAUGCGUUGACACCCUUUCACUUUUUGACAGGAAGUGCCUCAGCGUUGAUUCCUGAUGAUGAUUCGCCAGACGUGCCUCUGAAUCGUUUGAGUCGUUUUCAGUUGCUCCAGCGGAUACGUAACCAGUUCUGGAAUCGUUGGUCGUCGGAAUACCUCCUCCAUUUGCAGCAGCGAGAAAAGUGGCGGAAUCCAACAGAGAAUUUUUGUGUAGGUAAGCUCGUUCUUAUCAAGGAUGAUCGUUAUCCUCCAUCCAAACGGCCGUUAGGACGAAUCGUUGAGGUCCAUCCAGGUCCAGAUGAUCUCGUCCGUGUGAUUACAGUGAAGACUGCUACCACUUCUCUUCGUCGUCACGUUGCUCGUCUUUGUCCGUUGCACAUCGAGGAAGGGGCUAAGAAGACUUGA